AUGGGUGUCAUGCAUGGAGAUUCUCAAACCGAAAGGGGAAACAUUGUUGACCAUUUAAUUAACAAAGAAAAGCUUGCUCCACCUGUAAAAUCUGCUGUCGAUAAAUUCCAGCUUCUUCCUGAAUUUUUAAAGGUAAGAGGAUUAGUGAAGCAGCACUUGGAUUCGUUUAAUUAUUUUAUAAACAUCGGAAUUAAGAAGAUUGUGCGUGCCAAUGAUCGGAUUGUGUCUGAAGUUGAUCCUAGUCUUUAUCUAAGGUUUACAGAUGUUAAGAUUGGAAAGCCUUCUGUAGUGAUUGAUGCUAUCAGUGAACAAAUUACUCCUCAUAUGUGUCGGUUAUCUGACACAACGUAUGCUGCACCAAUAUUGGUUAAUAUAGAGUACAUUUCGGGAAGCCAUGAUCGGAAGGAGAGGGUGAUAAAGGUAAUCAGAGACUUUGAUAUGAUUAAUCUCUCUCAGGUGAUCUUAAUACAAGAGCAACUUUCGAAGAAUAGAAUCAUUAUUGAUAAUGACAAGAAAGGAAACAUAAAUGCAUCUGUUACAAGUAGCACCGAGGCAACAAAAAGCAAAACAAUUAUUCAGAUGGAAAAGGAGAAGAUGUAUUUAUGUCUCAACCAAUUCACAAAAAAGAUUCCUAUAAUGGUGGUAAUGAAGGCUAUGGGUAUGGAGAGCGACCAAGAGGUUGUACAGAUGGUGGGAAGAGACCCUCAAUAUAGUGCCUUACUUUUGCCCUCUAUCGAGGAAUGUGCAAAUCAAGGUAUAUAUACACAGCAGCAAGCCUUGGGAUAUCUUGAAGCGACGGUGAAGAGGUCUACAUACUCUAGUUUGUCAUCUGAAAAGCAGGAAAAUAGAGCUUCAGCCAUUCUUCGAGAUGUAUUUCUUGCUAAUGUUCCGGUGCGCAAGAAUAAUUUCCGCCCAAAAUGUAUAUAUGUUGCGGUGAUGUUGAGAAGGAUAAUGGAGGCUAUAUUAAACAAGGAUGCAAUGGAUGACAAGGCUGAUUGGUCUGCCAUGUCAAUCCAUGUAAAUGUUCUAGAUUGGGAUUAUGUAGGUAACAAGCGAUUGGAGCUAUCAGGCCAAUUAAUUUCUCUGCUUUUUGAGAAAAUAGCAGACAGUACGCUAGCAAAACGAAACCGAUCUAGCCGAUUUGACCUUUCUCAAUAUAUAGUUAGAGAUAGUAUUACCAAUGGGCUAGAAAGAGCACUCUCUACUGGUAACUGGGAUGUCAAACGGUUUAGAAUGAACAGGAAAGGCGUGACACAGGUGUUAGUCAGGUUAUCCUAUAUGGCAUCUUUGGGCCACAUGACCAGAAUUCAACCACAAUUUGAGAAGUCCAGAAAAGUAAGUGGACCCAGGGCAUUGCAACCUAGUCAGUGGGGUAUGCUUUGCCCUUGUGAUACUCCAGAAGGAGAAGCUUGUGGACUUGUGAAGAACUUGGCCCUAAUGACUCAUGUUACAACUGAUGACGAAGAGAGUCCGUUAAUUUCUCUGUGCAAGUGUUUGGGUGUAGAAGACUUGGAACUUCUUUCUGGAGAAGAGCUUCACACACCAAAUUCUUUUCUGGUUAUUUUUAAUGGACUUAUUCUUGGCAAGCACAGGAGGCCACAGCAAUUUGCAAAUGCCAUGAGAAAGUUGCGAAGAGCUGGCAAAAUUGGCGAGUUUGUAAGUGUCUUUGUGAAUGAGAAGCAGCGUGCUGUGUACAUUGCUUCUGAUGGAGGUCGAGUUUGUCGUCCUCUAGUUAUUGCAGACAAAGGCAUAUCAAGAAUUAAAGAACAUCAUAUGAGAGAGUUAAUGGAUGGAGCCUGCACUUUUGAUGACUUCUUACACGAGGGGUUGAUUGAAUAUCUUGAUGUCAAUGAAGAGAACAAUGCUUUGAUUGCUUUGUACGAAUGGGAGGCUACUCCUGAGACAACCCAUAUUGAGAUAGAGCCUUUCACGAUAUUAGGUGUUGUUGCUGGUUUAAUUCCAUAUCCUCAUCAUAAUCAGUCACCAAGAAAUACAUAUCAGUGUGCUAUGGGGAAGCAAGCUAUGGGAAACAUUGCAUACAACCAGGCAAUUCCUCUUAUUUUAUUGUUAGGCCGUAUGGACUCGUUACUUUACCUAUUGGUGUAUCCUCAACGGCCUUUAUUGACUACAAGAACAAUUGAACUGGUUGGUUAUGAUAAGCUUGGGGCUGGUCAGAAUGCAACAGUUGCAGUGAUGAGUUAUAGUGGCUAUGACAUAGAGGAUGCAAUAGUCAUGAACAAGGCCUCUCUAGAUCGUGGUUUUGGUCGAUGUAUCGUUUUGAAGAAAUACACUGGCACCAUGCAAAAGUAUGAGAAUGGUGCACAAGACAGAAUUUUAAGGCCACGAAAAAAUGAAGAAAGAGAGAGGGUGUUGGAUGAUGACGGACUUGCUGCUCCUGGGGAAAUUAUUAGGAAUGGUGAUAUUUAUAUAAAUAAGGAGAUCCCAAUUGAAACAAGGGGCCCAUUAAAGUCUGCAGCUGCUUUAGCAGAUGCCAAAUAUCGGCCUUGUGCUCAAACAUUCAAAGGUACCGAAGGGGAGUCGUGUGUAGUAGAUAGAGUUGCUCUUUGCUCUGAUAAAAAUAACAAUCUAUGUAUCAAGUAUAAAAUUCGCCAUACUCGUAGACCAGAGGUUGGUGACAAAUUUAGUAGCAGACAUGGGCAAAAAGGUGUCUGUGGAACAAUCAUUCAACAAGAAGAUUUCCCAUUUUCUGAACGUGGUAUUUGCCCCGAUUUGAUCAUGAACCCCCAUGGGUUUCCCAGUCGAAUGACUGUUGGGAAGAUGAUAGAGCUUCUUGGGGGUAAAGCUGGAGUAUCAUGUGGUAGAUUUCAUUAUGGUAGUGCAUUUGGAGAACCAAGUGGUCAUGCAGACAGGGUUGAAGCUAUAAGGCAACUUCUUUCUCCUCUGUUCUUUACAGUUGGCCUGUGUUGUCCUCUGCAAUCGUAUAUUUUCAUGGGACCAAUUUACUACCAGAAGUUAAAACAUAUGGUCUUGGAUAAAAUGCAUGCUCGAGGUAAUGGACCACGUGUCAUGCUAACCAGACAGCCUACUGAAGGGAGAGCUCGAAAUGGAGGACUUCGAGUAGGAGAAAUGGAAAAGGACUGUUUGGUUGCAUAUGGCACUAGCAUGUUGCUUUAUGAGCGCCUUAUGGUUUCCAGUGAUCAAUUUGAAGCUCAGGUUUGCCGAGCUUGUGGUUUAUUAGGAUAUUACAGUCAGAAGCUGAAAGCUGCUUUUUGUACCACGUGUAAAAAUGGGGAUAAUAUUUCUACCAUGAAGCUGCCAUAUGCUUGCAAGCUCUUGAUUCAGGAACUUCAAUCGAUGAAUAUUGUUCCUCACCUAAAACUGGCCGAGGCAUGA